AAGAUUGGCGACGAAGCAAGGAAGGCAGCCGAAUCCCAACUCCUGUGUGUGCGCCGUCGCCUCGUCGGCCGCUGUUGCUGCUGUGCCCCUCCCCAGCCGCUCCCGCCCGGAGCACGCCGCCGCCGCCGGCGCGGGCGCGCACCGACGCCGUCGCGUCGCAUGGAUAUGGCCCCCGCGCCCGUCUCCUCCAACCCGCGCUCGGUCGAGGAUAUCUUUAAAGACUUCUCCGGCCGCCGCGCGGGGCUCGUCCGCGCCCUCACCUCCGAUGUGGACGAUUUCUGCAGCUUCUGCGACCCAGAUAAGGAGAAUUUGUGUCUCUACGGCCUUCCCAACGGGACCUGGGAGGUGUCGCCGCCGGCGGACGAGGUUCCGCCGGAGUUGCCCGAGCCGGCGCUCGGCAUCAACUUUGCGCGCGACGGCAUGCAGCGCCGCGACUGGCUCUCACUCGUCGCGGUCCACUCUGACUCGUGGCUCAUCUCCGUCGCUUUCUUCUACGGUGCUCGCCUCAACGCCAACGACCGGAAGCGCUUAUUCAGCUUGAUCAGUGAUCAUCCUUCUGUCUUUGAAGCAUUCGCGGACAGGAAACACGGCAGAGAUAGGUCUGGGGUUGAUAGCAGUGGCAAGUCCAGACACUCAUCAAAGAGAGCAAACGAUGGCCAUGCGAAGAAUUCCAGGGCAGCAGCUCCUGCUGCCAAAGACUAUGACGACGACGAUGACGAGGAAGAUGAGGAACACACGGAAACCUUUUGUGGAAGCUGCGGCGGCCUUUACAACGCGAAUGAGUUCUGGAUCGGCUGCGACAUAUGUGAGCGGUGGUUCCACGGCAAGUGCGUGAGGAUCACCCCUGCCAAAGCGGAGCACAUAAAGCACUACAAGUGCCCGGACUGCAGCUCAAAGAAAAUGAGGCAGUAGGUCCCCGCCUGCACUGGCCGUCGCUGACCUGUUUGAUCUGAUCCAAACCAUACUCCGUUGUUUGCCCCAAGGUCGCUGUUAGCAGAGGUGAAUUCCUUCAUUUUAGGACAUUUGUGGGGUUGUUAUGUGGUGGUAGCCUGGUAGGAAGAGGCAAAGGACUGAUAGAUACAUGCUCGUCGCUUGUUUUAUUUUAUAUAUAAAUGGCUCGUUCGUUGUUCAUCGUUCAUUGUUUUGCCUGCUUCGUCGCAGACGUUGUGGCGGCAUGAACUGAUGAGUGGUUUGUUCUUGCUGUUUCA